AUGGAUAAAAAGGGAAAAUUACCGAACAGGGGCUGUAUCAAAAUGUUGUGCCAUCAGUUGCAGUCCAGCACAGAUGGAUAUUUCAAAGAAGAAAGCAAAAAUAAAUCUUUGAAGAUAACCACAGAGGUACAUCUUCCUGGCGAUACUGAGCAAGAGGACAAGAACAUUGAAUUUUAUCCUAACCUUAUAACUGAAACUGUUCUGUGGACAACUGGUGGAAUAUUUACCAUUCUUGGUUUGAUAUUAGCAAUUUGUUGCAUCAGAAGAAAAUGUCAUAGAAAUACUCAGGAGCCAACCUCUUUCAAAGCACAGCUUAGUACAGAGAGACUUCACCGACCCCAAGCAUGUGUGCGUCCUUUCAUAAACGACGCUGUAUCCAAUCAUGAAGGUAACCGCCCACUCAUCCCUCCGGGUGUUAUUAAUGCAUUAUCAGGUCAAUUAGAUCAUCACGUGGAAUAUUCACCAGGUCAAGCCCUUUCACAUGCAAUCGACGUGCAAGAUACCGUCACAGAUUACUUACGUCCGGCUCCAGACAUGGAUCUUAACAGUUUCGAUAACGAUGACCGAUCACAAUCGAACGACUUUGGUGAAAAUGUCAAUAGAAUUACUCGUACUAUUCCCAUAGAAAGCCCAAACCAAUCAACCAUCUCUUUUAAUAAUGAAGAGAUUUGAUUUGAUUUUUUUAAAUUUAAACUUAUUUUAUUAUGUACUGAAACAUAAAUGGAUUGGGCAGCAGGCAUAGCCUAUCUCUCGUAUAAGCCUUCUCCAGUAAGAAUGAAGAGAUGGACAGUCUUUUUGUUUUGUAAAUAAGUAUGAAUUAUGUACAUACUUGAAAAAAUAAAUCCCAUGAAACUA